CGCCCAAACAACUAAAAAAACAACAAGUAAGGGCUACCAGGCCCCAGAAAAUAAGUUGAAAAUAAUGAGCCAGCGCCGUAAUUAGCGCGCGUGCCCGUUUGUCUGUGAGAAGCGAUCUGCACCCUAUCGUAUUCCACGGUGAAACGUGCCACCCAGAGCAAGGCAACAGGAAGCAGCAAGAGAGCCGGGAGCUGUAAUUAUUGUCAUCGCAUUGCCCGAUGAAUAAUAAGUGUUGCCGUUUCGUGCGUGUGAAAUUGCAAGCGUAUGCGUGAGCGAUACACCCACAUUGAGCGAGGACAACAACAACAAUAUAGCCAGCAAGAAAACAAACAAACGGACGGCCACGGCUGCGGUUACGGUUACGGCUGCGAGAUUACGGUUGCAGAGCUCUUGACGAAGAGCAGGGUCAGGCCACCAGGCCUUGCAUUGGCUAGCCUUGCCACCGGAAGCCUCGAAGAAGGGUAGGGAAAAGUGAAGGAGAAGGGCAAAGAAUUCCAAUCAUCGUUGGCGGGCCGCAACGCCAACUCUAAAAAUAGAAACCAGCAAGAGGGGGACAACGAAACUAUUGUCCAUAUCCAUAUCGAAGCAAAAGAAGUGAAACCCCUGCAAGUAUUAUUCCUCAUUCCGAGAUUAGCCAGCAGCAGUAGCAGCAGCUACCAGUAUUCAUCAGACAAGGAGGCGGAGCGGUCAGGAGUAUUGGGAGAAUCCCCUUAAUUCAAUCCAUAUCAGUAGUACAAGACAAGACAAGAUGGAGACCGUGGGCGAUAGUGCGCCCAACGGCACAGCUCCGGCCAGGACGACGCAGGACAUUGUCAAGGAGCGGUUCAAGGAGGACGAAGUUAUACUAAGUAUAUUCGAUGCUUAUCAGAUCAUUGGACAUGAGUAUACCAACCGUCUGCUGGCGCUAGUGUCCUCAGCUUCUGGUGGGACCUUCGCGAUUAUUGCCUUUUCCUACCUGCGAACACCGCCACUUACCUCGGUGAACGAGCUGAUCAUCAAUAAGGUGUUUGCUAUCGACAGCAGCUUCCAGAUACGGCAAGAUUACUUGGGAUCAAUUAAUUCACAACAGUUUGACUUGUCCACGGCCGAGGAUGGGCCCGUCAAGUACUAUUACUUUCCCUCAGAGACCUCCAACUUCGAGGAGUUCCACGCCAGAAUUAUAUCUUGUAAGACCUCCAUGGCCCAGUACGAUCCAGAGUCGGUGCUAAACUUUAGGUGGCUAAAUGACUACCGUCAGAUUGGUGAGGUUAAGCAGGAGCUUAAGAAGCGGGAGAGCGAGUACAUUGUCUACGAGGAUAUUCACAUAUUCUGCGCAACCUGGAAUGUAAACAACAAGCCCUGCGGCGACGGUGAGAAUCCGCUGAGAUCCUGGCUGGGCCACACAGUUCAACCGCCUGAUAUCUAUGCCAUUGGUCUGCAAGAGCUCUAUGCACCCGCUAAGGCUAUGGCCUACGAAAUGGUGAAGACCACCCAGAUGGGGGGCAUCGAAAAGAUGUGGAUCGAUAAAAUAAUGGAUAGCCUUCAUCCGGAUGCCAAGUACGAGGUCCUGGGCACACAGCGUCUGGUUGCCACCAUGCUAACGGUGAUUGUUCGCCAACAAAUCCGACCGCAGAUCACCCGGUGUCGCCUGAAGACAGUAGCCCGUGGCGUCUUUAAUGCUUUAGGCAACAAAGGGGGCGUGGGCAUAAGCCUGCAGCUGAACGAGGGCAAUCUCUGCUUCAUCAACUCCCAUUUGGCCGCACACAUGGCCAAUGUCGAAGAGCGAAAUGCCGACUACAAUGCCAUUGUUCAGGGCAUGACCUUUGACGACGGACGCACCAUCAGCGAUCAUGAUCACAUCUUUUGGGUGGGCGACUUGAAUUAUCGCAUCCAGGAGCCACCGGGACAGCAGCGACCAGGUCCGAUGAGCGAUGCCCAGACAUACGAGCUGCUACUACAGUACGACCAGCUGCGUCAGGAGAUGCAACGUGGGAAAUGCUUCGAGGGAUACACCGAGGGCGAUAUCAAGUUCCGGCCGACAUACAAGUACGAUCCGGGCACGGACACCUAUGACAGCAGCGAGAAGCAACGGGCUCCGGCCUACUGUGACCGUGUACUCUGGAAGGGAACGCGCAUCGAGCAGCUGGCCUACAACAGCAUCAUGGAGAUGCGACAGAGUGACCACAAGCCGGUCUAUGCAGUAUUUCGCGUCAAAAUCAAGACACGCGACGCCAUCAAGUACAAGCGGGUGCAGGAGGAGGUGCUGAAGGCGGUGGAUAAGCGCGAGAAUGACAAUCAGCCACAGAUAAAUGUGGAGAAGACGGUCAUCGAUUUCGGGAGCGUGCGAUUUAAUGAGCCGGUCACACAGAACUUUACCGUCUUCAACAAUUGCCCAUUGCCAGUGGACUUUAGCUUCAAGGAGAAGGACAUUAAUGCCAUCUGUGAACCCUGGCUACAUGUCGAUCCCCGGCAGGACUCGCUGCUGAUUGAUUCCGCCCGCAGCAUCCGUCUAAGGAUGCAUGUCAGUGUCCGGACCAUUGCCGGGUUGCUGCGCAAGAUUCGGCACAGCGAUAACUUUGACAUCCUCAUCCUGCAUGUAGAGAAUGGUCGAGAUAUCUUUAUAACGGUCACGGGAGACUAUCAGCCUAGUUGCUUCGGCCUCUCCAUGGAGACGAUGUGCCGCACUGAUCGGCCAUUGUGCGAGUACACGCAGGAGCAGAUCAAGGAACUUAUAAACGACGAUUCGCCGGAAUAUCGCGUGACCAUGCCCCGGGAGUUCUUUCUGCUGAUUGAUUUUCUGUACAAACAAGGUCCCAAACAGGAGGGUGCCUUUCCCUCAUACGAGUCCCGCCAGUCCCUUAACAGCCAGUUCAACUUGCUGCGCGAUUGGCUGGACAGUUGGUCGGAUGAGCCGUUUCCCGUCAGUGCGGAGACUGCUGCGCAAGCACUAUUGCUGCUGCUAGAUAUACCGGAACAGGCGCUGUUAGAGCCGUUCGUCGAGGAUUUGCUGUCGUGCAACAAUAAGUCGCGGGCCAUGGACUACAUAUCUCUGUUGAGUCCGCCUAAGCGGAAUGUUUUUAUGCACUUGUGCAUGUUUCUGCGCGCGGGCAUCGAGAGCCAGUACUACGAUCUGCAUCAAGUUGCCUCCACCUUUGGCCGUAUUCUGUUGCGCAGCGGUGAGUGCACAGCCUGGAUGGACUACCACAACCGCUGCGUCCAGUUCAUGUGUCUGUUUAUUGGCAACGACAUGGAGUCUCUGGGCAAUGGCAAUGACGGCGCCGGAUCCGGAGACAGGGCUGCCGGGCUGCAGGCAUAGAUCCGAAGCGAUAGUUGUUGAUAUUUAACUGUACGCAUAGAGUUAGUCUAUUUAUUUUUACUUGUUGGUACUUUGUUGGCACGCCUACAAGUAGGUGCGCGUUCUAGGCAUUUAUAUGUACAUUUCACCUGUUUUUUUUAUCUGUUAUUUGUUUGCGCCCACUUUCCGUUCAUUCCAACUUGGUUUCACAUCCCAAACCCACUUUGUUCUUGUUACGACUUUGCAUCACAUGGAAAGAUAAGAUAUAGAUAUAGAGAGAGAUAUAUAUGAAAGGACACCCCGAACCCGCUCGCUGGUUAGCCAUCCAACCCAUUCGGGAUCCAGGGACCUCGCUUUAAGAAUACAGCAGACACAUAAGCAGGAGGCGCCAACCAACGCCAAAAUUAAAUAAUUCUGUAAAUAAGCUAUACAAAAUCUGUUCACGAUGUAUGUAUGUAUGUACGUCCAGGUUUGUUAAAUCAAUUUUUAGUUGAGCACGAGAUUCGUUUAUUAGUUUAGAUUAAUGCAAGGAUUCUCGCAAGGAAUCGUGUUACCUCGAAAAACCCCGGUUUCAGUUGCAACUGAAAAUAAAUAACAGCGUUACAUACAGUAUA